AGAGGCUGGUUCCAGUCUCACCUCCUGAGCUGAAGCUGGGUCUGGGCUCUCGCCACCAUGCCUGCCGACUACAAUGGGACGUGGGAAAUGGUAACCAAUGAAAACUUUGAAGGCUACAUGGUUGCUUUAGGUAUUGAUUUUGCAACUCGUAAGAUUGCAAAACACUUGAAACAAACAAAGGAGAUUGUUCAAAAUGGAGAUAAUUUUAAAACCAAAACAGUCAGUACUUUCAGAAACUAUGAUGUGGAUUUCACUGUGGGAGUGGAGUUUGAAGAGCACACCAAAGGACUGGAUAACCGAGUGGUAAAGACCCUGGUGACCUGGGAUGGUGACAAACUGGUCUCUGUUCAGAAAGGUGAAAAGAACAACAGGGGCUGGAAGCACUGGAUUGAAGGAGACAUACUGCACCUGGAACUGACAUGUGAAGACCAGGUGUGUCAUCAGACAUUCAAGAAGAAGAACUAAAAUGGAGCAGAAAGCCUCACAGAUCUCCAUCACAAUGUUAUGCUAUUAUGGUUUGUCUAAAAAGAAGAAUGAAGCCCGAUUUUCAUUCCUUUGACAUUUCUGUGCGAAUGUAUCAUGUGCCUGCUUAUGGAAACAAACACAUUUUACAGAAACAACAUCAAACAGUUACAAACCUCAUAAAUUCCUUUGCCUUUCAGUCUGGAGUUAAAUAAAAGCAAUUGUCUUUUAAAUAA